AUGCUUGUAUGCCUGGUUCUUUGGAUCAAGCAGUGCCCAGAUUUCAACCGUAGUCAGGAAGGCCUCCAUUCAGAACAGAUAGGCAUGGAGGAAAAUACGACGAGGAAGCUACUACAGAGCCACCGUGUGGAGAUGAUGGCCUAUUUGGAGGAUUGGCUUUGGCGCCUGGAAGAGUCCCUCCAGCUUCCCCAGAGUCCGAAACUUCGGCAGGCCAGCAAGCCCCACUCGCACCACGAGUGCGGUUUCGAGGCCGAAGAGCCUCGGGUGGAGGAUGCGCCGCUCUUCUCGCACGAUUCCGAGGCCGCUCCCGUCCGGGCAAGGUCCAACCGAGAGCUGGAUCACUUCGACAGGAUGGACAGCUAUCAACUCGCAACACUGGCUGAUCGACACGUCUCUGAAGCGUUUGAUCGAGUCAUUGCCCAUUCUUUGAGAGGAAGUGCCGCCCUGAAGGGACGCUCCAUGUGCCAGAAAUUCCAGCAGAAGGUAUCAGCUUGCAUCAACUCUCCUGCAUCCAACAGUAUAUGGACAUUUUUUAUCCUCACCAACUCUAUCUAUUUGGGGGUGCAUUUGGAGAUCACCGCGUUGGACUAUGAUGUGGCACAAAAGCCAGUCUUCUUUCACAUCCACUUGGUCUAUGCAAUCUUGUUCACCCUCGAGGUCAUCCUGCGGUUAAUUGGUGCCGGCAAUUUUUUCCGGUACAUUUGGGGGCCUAACUGGCACUGGAAUAUCUUGGACAUGUUUGUGGUGAUCUCCUCCUGGGUGGAGAUGGCCGUGGAUUUUGCAAGUGGAGAGGCUAGAGCAGCCAACACAAACCUUCGCAUCCUGAGGGUGUUGCGCAUUGGCCGUAUAGCUCGCGUCUUGCGCAUCGUCCGGGUGGUACGUCUCUUCCGGGCUUUGAGGACCUUGGUGGCAUCUCUCAUGGGCACCCUGAAGUCAUUGUUUUGGUCUUUCCUUCUUUUGGGCCUGGUGGUCUACAUCUUUGGCAUUUUGUUCCUUGACGUGGUGUUGGACUACAAAGAGUCGGCAGGGCCUGACAGCAUCGAGUUUCAGCAUUUCAUCGAAAUGUCCAAGCACUUUGGCGACCUCGGACUUGCGACAGGAACACUCUUUCGGUCAAUUUCCAACGGCAUCUCCUGGAAAGUGGCAGCAGACUCCUUACAACCUGCUGGUGAUUUUUGGUUCAUGUUGUUCCACUUCUAUGUGGCUUUCUGCAGCUUCGCUUUGCUCAAUGUCAUGACAGGAGUCUUCUGCAAUUCUGCGAUUAAGGCAGCAGAAAAUGACACCGAGCUUAUGCUCCACUCGAUUGUACAAAUGCGGAAGGAGUUGCGCGAGCAUGUGGUGAAGCUCUUUCACAGUAUCGAUGAGCGCGGACUUGGCCGAGUGACGAUCAGCGAUUUCGAAAAAGCCUACAACACUGAGGCGAUGCAGGCCUUCUUGCACGCUUUGCAGCUGGGCGCUGUGGAUGCUUGGACGCUCUUCACCAGUCUCGACAAGGAUGGGGACUUUGAGGUGUCGGUGGAUGAGUUUACAGAGCGCUGUUUGCAGCUGCAUGGCCCAGCCAAGUCCGUGGAUCUUUUCGCAGUUCGAAUGCAAAAUGUGAAGCUUCAAAAGCAGCUGAGCUUCAUUACGGAGCAGCUCGGGGCUCGAAGGCAAGCGGCUAUAAGCAAAGUAGCUCCUCAGCUCGGAGAGCAUUCUUUGCAUCCUGAGGAGCUUUCUGGGGGUAGUGUGUACCGUCGAUCCUUCACUACAAUGGAGGAACAUGAAAUGAAGGCUGAGCUGCCAAGUAUGUUGGAUGAAGUCUUUAAGAAGCACAACAGUCAGGUGCUUUCACGGCUGGACACUUGGCUCGAACACUUGGACGCCAAGCUGGACAUUUGGCGAAUGCAGAUUGGCACCCCACACGUGAGGACCCCAAUGACCCCGAGGACGCCAAGGUCUGCCAGGGAAGAUGUUGAGGCCUCUGAUCUCUCGAGCUCGACGUCUGCGGAGGUCCACGUUCGCUUUGGGGAUACGGUCGCCGAACCGGAGCAGCACCAUCUUUCGCUGACUCAUCGGUCCCCUACACCAGAUAGCUAUGACCUGGCAAAGCAGGUUGGCCAGAGCAUACACGACGCCUUUGCAAAGCUGGGUUCACACAGCCAGGAUCUGAGCGGGUUGCGAAGUGGGAUAGCACAUGCCUGGAAUGGUGUCCAGUUCCAGGUGGCCGCUCUGGUGAAUUCGCAGGCCAUGGGCAUUUUUUGGGCAUUGGUGAUUUUGACCAAUUCCAUCUACCUCGGCAUCCAACUGGAGUGGAGCGCUCAUCACAGAACCACCGCAUCCAACCCAGUUUUCACCACGGUCCACAUCGUGUAUGCAGCGCUCUUUACAGUAGAAGCUCUGAUGCAGCUGAUAGCUGUUGGAUGCAGAGCAUAUGUCUUUGGACCAUCUUGGGCGUGGAAUUGGCUGGAUGUUUUUGUUGUAACUUCAUCAUGGGUGGAGCUGAUCAUCGACCUCCUGACUCCAGGAGAGGUGGUCAGCCGUUCCAACAGCAACCUGCGGCUCAUGAGGCUCUUGCGUUUGGGACGGGUGGUUCGUGUAGUAAGGAUCGUGCGGGUGGUGCGCUUGUUUCGUGCACUUCGGACAUUGGUCUAUUCGCUUCUCGGAACCUUGAAAUCAUUGUUCUGGUCCUUUUUGCUCCUUCUCCUCAUCAUGUACAUCUUCGGGAUACUUUUCACCGACGUGGUGCUGAACUAUUUCUUAGAGCAUGCCAGUGAUGGAGAUUUGGAGGAAUACUUUGGGAGCUUGUACCUCUCCAUCCGCACUUUGUUUCGCUCGAUUUCCAAUGGCGUGACUUGGGGUCACGCAGCGGAUUCCUUGGAGCAAAUUGGCAUGGAAUGGGUCCAAGUCUUUCACCUUUACGUGGCUUUUUGCAGCUUCGCGCUAUUGAAUGUGAUGACUGGCGUUUUUUGCAACUCUGCCAUCAAAGCAGCCGAGCGAGAUCAUGACACUGUGGUCCAAACGAUGCUCCAAACCAAGAAAGAGUAUCGACAUUUGGUAGAUCAGCUGUUCCGACAGAUUGAUACCCGCCGAUUGGGACAUGUCACCAUCCACGAGUUCGAGGAACACUUUGAUGAUCAGGCCGUGAGAGCUUUCUUCGACUAUUUGCAGAUUGGUGCGAUGGAUGCAUGGACUUUGUUCGUGAGUUUGGACAAGGAUGGCGACCAUACAAUCACUGCAGACGAGUUCGCAGAACGAUGUGUACAGCUCCACGGUCCUGCACGGUCCGCAGAUUUGUAUUCAAUGAAGCUCUGUCAAGUCAAAGUAGAAAAGCAGCUGAGAAGGAUUAUGGAUGCACAAGCUCGACUCGAAUCCCAUUUCAUGGUGGGAAAUUCGAUCACGCCGACUCGCAGCAGCCGUUUCACAGUCUAG